GCUCUUGUUCAUUUAUCGCUUUGUUCUAAUUCACUGAAUACUCAUAAAUGCCGUUUGGAUCUCCGGAGACGCUGAUCUUAUCGACCUUGGCUGCGACUUCGUGCUAGCCAGUAUCUACCCUCGCCUCUGCGAUCGCACAUAAGUACCCCCGCAAUGCCUGCUGACUCCCACCUUCAACAAGACGACAACGAUGACGAGUCGUUUAUGGAGUGGCCAGCGGAUCCCGCCCUACUCAGAGAAUACAUGCUGGAAAAGGAGCGUCUGAAGUCAGAAGCGCCAGAACAAGCCCUAGCGACAACGCAUGAACGAGAUGACGAUGAGGAGUCGUUCAUGGAAUGGCCAGCGGUACCCGCUGAUUUGAGAAAACACCUGCAGGAAAAUCAGCAUCUCGAGGCAGGAAAGCCAGAACAAUCGGAGACAGCAGAAGAGACGGAAGUUUUGGAACAUCCUGAAGAGCUGGAACCCUCGGCGAAAUCCGCGAAGAGAAACCCCACAAAUGCACUUCGCUCACUUCUCAAGCUUGCAAAGAUUAGCAGGCACCUGAGGAAGGAUGGGAAGUCGUGA